AUGUCUGGUAAGUAUAAUGGACGUGCUGUGGGGAUAGACCUUGGCACAACUUACUCAUGUGUGGCAGUAUGGCAGGAGCAACAUUGCCGAGUUGAAAUCAUCCACAACGAUCAAGGAAAUAGAACAACGCCUUCUUUUGUUGCUUUCACUGAUGAUCAACGGUUGAUUGGAGAUGCUGCCACGAAUCAGGCUGCUGCCAACCCUCAAAACACUGUCUUUGAUGCUAAGAGGUUAAUUGGUAGAAAGUUUAGUGAUCCUAUUGUUCAAGAUGAUAUAUUGUUAUGGCCAUUUAAGGUCACUGCCGACGUCAAUGACAAACCUAUGAUUACUGUUAAGUACAAGGAUCAGGAGAAGAAACUGUAUGCUGAAGAAGUAUCAUCUAUGGUACUCACAAAGAUGCGAGAAAUUGCUGAGUCAUAUCUAGAAUCACCCGUGAAGAACGCAGUUAUAACUGUACCGGCUUAUUUCAGUGAUUCUCAAAGAAAAGCCACUAUAGAUGCUGGUACUAUUGCUGGCCUCAAUGUCAUGAGAAUAAUGAAUGAACCCACAGCUGCAGCUGUUGCUUAUGGCCUUGACAAGCGAGCUGACUGUGUAGGAGAACGUACUGUUUUUGUCUUUAAUCUCGGUGGUGGUACUUCUAAUGUGUCUCUCCUAACAAUUAAGAAUAUGGUUUUCCAAGUGAAAGCCACGGCUGGAAAUACUCAUCUUGGCGGGGAGGACUUUGAUAAUAGAAUGGUCAACUACUUUGCACAAAAGUUCAAGAAAAAGAAGAAAUUGGACAUCAGUGGGAAUCCAAGAGCCUUGAGAAGGUUGAGAACUGCUUGUGAGAGAGCAAAAAGAACACUUUCCUUCCUUGUUGUUGCCACUAUUGAAAUAGAUUCUUUAUUUCAAGGCACUGACUUUUCUUCAUCAAUCAAUAGAGCCAAGUUUGAGGAAAUGAAUAUGGAUCUUUUUAAUGAGUGUAUGGAGACUGUUGAAAGUUGUCUAAUGGAUGCUAAGAUGGACAAGAGCAGGAUAGAUGAUGUUGUCCUUGUUGGAGGGUCUUCUAGAAUUCCUAAAGUACAACAGUUAUUACAAGAGUUUUUCAAGGGGAAGGAGUUGUGCAAGAGCAUUAACCCUGAUGAGGCUGUAGCUUAUGGUGCUGCCGUUCAGGCUGCAUUGCUGAGUGCAGGAAUUAUGAAUGUUCCAAAGUUGGUGCUGCAGGAUGUUACACCUUUGUCUCUUGGCAGGUCAGUGCUUGGAGAUAUCAUGAGUGUGGUGAUUCCUAGGAACUCUUGCAUUCCUGUCAAGAAGACAAAAUCAUAUGUUACCGUUGUAGAUAACCAACCAAGUACCUUGAUUGAGGUUUACGAGGGUGAGAGAACAAAAGCCAGUGACAACAAUUUGCUUGGUUCUUUUUGUCUUUCUGGUCAUACCCUGGCUCCUCGUGGCCACCCUGUGGAUGUUUGUUUUGCUAUUGAUGAAAAUGGUAUUUUGACAGUUUCAGCUAAGGAAACAUGCAGUGGCAAAAUGAAUGAGAUUACAAUAACCAAUAACAAAGACAGGAUGUCAGCCGAAGAAAUUAAAAAAUUGAUUAAAGAAGCUGAGAAUUACCAUAUUGAGGACAUGAAAUUCUUGAGGAAGGCUGAAGCAGUGAAUGCAUUGAAUAUUAAUUUGAAGCUUUCCUCGCCAGAGAUCGAGAAGAUUGAAUCUUCAAUUACACUGGCCACAAAUUUGCUCUCUGAGAAUCACCAUCACAAUGAUUUUGAUGUUCUUGAAUGUCAUUUGAAGGAGCUCAAAAUUGGUCUGGAUUACAUCUUAGCUAAAACUGUUUAG